AUCUAAUGGAUCAUAAUGAAAUGCUAAAUUUUCUUUAGUAGAUUUAAAAUUUUAAGUAGAUGAUAGAUCCUCUAGAUUCUAGAUCUUGUCUUAAGUCUAGAUAUAGAUCUAGAAUCUGGAUUAAUUGUUCUUGUUGAAUCUAAAAUAAAAUCUAUAACUAUAAACUAAUCUAUCUUAGUCCUAAACAAAGUAUCUACUAUCUAGAUUCAGACUCGGAGUAACUUUUAAUUUAAAAUUUAAAAACUUAAAAAAAAUGUUUGGAGGUGUCAAGCGACAGUCAGGAAGUUUAAUUAAAACUUUGAAUCACUUUUUAUGUGAUCAGCCAAAUGGAUCUAUUUUACAGAGAUUGGUCAGUUCACCUCGGACCAGAUCAACUUCAAGGACUUUCUCACAGGCUAAACCACAUGUUGCCUUAGUUGGUGGGGGCCCAGCAGGAUACUAUGCAGCACAACAGUUAUUAAAGGGCAACCCUCACAUCGUGGUAGAUAUUUAUGAAAAACUUCCGGUGCCGUUUGGUCUUGUGAGGUUUGGAGUAGCACCAGAUCAUCCUGAAGUAAAGAAUGUGAUUAACUCAUUCACACAAACUGCUUUGAAUGAAAGAUGUCACUUUUUUGGAAAUAUCGAAGUCGGCAAAGACAUAUCAUUGAAGUCUUUGAGAGAUUCUUAUACAGCUGUGGUUCUGUGCUAUGGUGCAGCAGAUGAUAAAAUGCUUGGGAUACCUGGUGAAAAUCUGUCAAAUGUUUUAUCUGCAAGAUCUUUUGUCGGCUGGUACAAUGGGAACCCAGAUGAUAAAAAUCUGCCCGUUGACUUGGACUGUGAAUCAGCGGUUGUCUUGGGUCAUGGCAAUGUUGCUGUAGAUGUUGCUCGUAUUCUCUUGACACCUACCAACAUUUUAGAGAAAACUGAUAUUACAGAACAUUCCCUUGAAAUUCUGCGCAAAAGUAGGAUUCAGAAAGUUUACAUUGUUGGUAGGAGAGGCCCUCUGCAAGUGGCUUUUACAAUCAAAGAGUUAAGAGAAAUGAUCAACCUUUCUAACACAAGGACCAUCAUUCAACCUUCAGAUGUAGAAGGACUAGACAAAAUCAUUCAAGACAUUCCAAGGCCAAGGAGACGUCUGACAGAGCUGAUGUUUAAAUCUGCAGUAGCGCCUAGCCCUGAAAUGGCCCAGCUCUGGGCGCAGGCCAGCAGGGAGUGGAGAUUAGUGUUCCUGAGAAGUCCUGUUGAGAUAUGUCAGACUGCUGGGGGCAAAGUUGGAGGUGUAAAAUUCAUUGUCAACAAGCUUCAGGGAGAUAACUUAGAGACUCAAAAAGCUGUACCAACAGACAGUGUUGAGACAAUCAACUGUGGCCUGGUUUUGAGAAGUAUUGGCUAUAGAAGCUUACCACUAGAUAACACGUUACCAUUCGAUGAAAACAAAGGUGUAAUACAGCACCAGCAAUCUAGAGUUCACAACAACAAAGGCUUAUACUGUACUGGGUGGUCAGCCAAUGGUCCCGUUGGAGUCAUCUUAGGCACUAUGAGCGAUGCCUUCGAAACAGGAAAAGUGGUUUUAGAGGAUAUUGAAAAUGGAACUCUUUUGUGUAAGGAAAGGAGUAAAAGAGAAAACUUGGUGGCUCAAAUUAAAGACAAAGCUGUGACAUUUUCUGAUUGGUUGAAAAUUGACCAAGCAGAAUGUGCCGCUGGUGAACUUGUGGGGAAGCCAAGAGAAAAGCUCAUCGAUGUACAGCAAAUGUUGAGCAUCGCAAGAAGUAGUUAAUAUUUUGUUCUACAUAUUUACAAACCUGCUAUUUAUUGUUAUUUAUAGAAUUUGGUGUUCAGAUUUAACAAACCAUAAAUUAAAAAAAAAUGUUUGCAAAAGUUUGCAUGAAAAAUUCUCAAGUGAGGUUAGUGCCUUAUCAGAUGAACUGUGAUACUUUAGAUUACAGUGCACUCUGGGAUAGCUGUAAUAUGUGAAAAUAACAGAAAUGCAUGAUGUCGUUUUGUUUGUGUGAAGAUUUUGCUCAUUUUUCUAUAUUUUUGUAGCUGUAUAAAGGAUUGAAAUGUGACAUCUAUGUUUUUGACAUUUGUCAUUUUUGUUGACACAUUUUUUUUUUUCAGUUGUAGCAUAUUGGUUGUAGCAUAUUUAUGUAAUAUUUUAUUUUGUACGAUGUGACCUAUUAUAUGAUGUUAUUAAGAGAGGCCUUCAAAAACAUUUUUCAAAGUUUUUCAACCCUCUGUGUCUGAUGUGACAUUUUCUUGUUUGCCUUGUGAGUAAUUUUGUUGUUGUUAUUGUUACUGGAGAAUUUGAUUUUAAUUUCUGUUCUAAGUGAUGUGGGACAUUAUUGCUGCGACUUCUCAUUUCAUUUCAUUUCAUUUUAGAAUCUUGGACUAUUUCUCUUUGUUGCCUGAUGUGUCUUUCUGCUCUUAUAAGGGAGGUAAAUCAGGGAUAAGUAGUAGACAAUGUUUUCAAGACAUAGCCAUUGCAAUAUUUUCUACCAUGUCCUACAUCUUCAUUUUUUAGAGAGAUUCCUAAAACUUGUGUUCAUUUUUUUUUUUUUUAAUUUGUCUUUGCCAUUUAUCAACUUCAUAUCAUUUGAUUCUAUAAUUUGUUGCUGAGUGCUGUUCACUUCUUUAGGCUUAAAUGUGAUUAAAUGAAAUGUAUCUGUCUAAAAAUGCACUAGAGACACCGACAUCGGCAUUCCAUUAGGAGGCAAUAAUUGUGAACUAUUUCUACGUGAAGGUGAAAGCAGAUGAAAAUGGAAACUUAUAAUUGUUGAGUUCCUAAUAGAGAUUUUCUUUCUG